AUGGUUGAAGAACCACAUCUAUUCGAUCCUCUUCUUGUCAAUUGGCAAUCAACAACAUCAGGUAUAUCUCUAUUUCAUCCUAUUCCAGAACGAAAUUGUUCAUCAGCUGGCAUUCCAGGAAAAUAUUGUCCAUGUUCACGUACACAAACACUUGAUAUAACAUUACCUAUGGUUAAAGAAUUAACAAUAGCUAGUAUUAAUUAUAUAAAUAAUAUUAAAUUAAAAAAUCAUAAACAUCUAUGUAUGAAACUUAAUCUUAAAACAAUAAUUCGUGCUGAAGUUGAAGAAUUACAAAUAACAAAUAAUAUAACAUCAGAAAAUAAUUUUACUCGUUUAUUUACAGUUCUUUUUGAAGUAUCACCAUCAAAUGGAAUAUUUGAAAGUAAUCUACUUUAUGAUAAUAAAAAAAAAUCUAUACAAUUACAUGGUGAAAUUCUUCGAAUUAAUCUUUAUGGUCAAACAUCAACAUGUAUAAAAGAUAAAUAUGAUUUACGUUCAUUUUGUUAUUGUAUUUCUUAUCAUAAACGAUUUCAAAAUGUUCUAUCGAAUACUAAUUAUUAUACAUCUAAUGUUCCAAUAGUCAAUUCAACCUGA